AUGCGCGAGGCUGCAGAGCGGAGGCAGCAGCUAGAGUUGGAGCAUGAGCAAGCCUUGGCUGUACUCAAUGCAAAGCAGCAGGAAAUUGACCUUCUGCAGAAGGCUCAGGUUGAGGCUAAGAAGGAGCAUGAGGGCGCCGUCCAUCUGUUAGAGGCAAAAGUCAGAGAGCUGGAGGAGAAAUGUCGGACACAGAGUGAGCAGUUCAACCUCCUGUCCAAAGAGCUGGAGAAGUUCCGGCUACAGACUGGAAAGUUUGAUAUCCUUGGCAGUGGCACCGAUCCCUUAAUAGCCCGUGAAACCCCCGGAUCUCCCAACAAAUCCCUCUCCCAGCUCCUCAACGGGCUGGCUGCCCCCACAGUGAAAGGCAAUGAGAGUCCGCUGAGCAGAUCUGUGAUCUCUGAGUUCAUCCGACCGCACCAGAUCAGUGGGGACAAGCCGGAGCUCCUGUCUGUAAAGCCAACAUUCCUCACCCGCAGCAGUAGCCGAGCUGGGAGCUCCCAACAGAUGGACAAAGAACUAAGCUCAACGACUAGGACCAAGAAGAGGUUCACAGGCAAGGUCCGUCUGUGCAUCGCCCGGUACAGUUAUAACCCCUGUAAUGGGCCCAAUGAGCAUCCUGAGGCAGAGCUCCCCCUGGUGGCAGGGAAGUACCUCUACGUGUACGGCACCAUGGAUGAUGACGGCUUCUAUGAAGGAGAGCUGCUGGAUGGACAGCAGGGCCUCGUCCCUUCCAACUUUGUGGACUUUGUUAAGGAUGAGGAGAUGCCCUCUGCUCAGCACAGGGACGGGGCCAAAGAGUCAGGCUACCUCAGUAGUAACCACAGCAGCCUGGGCUCCACAGGGCUGGGCAGCAUCAGCCUGGGCAUGGACUUUCUGGGCUCCAUGGGUUCCUGCAGUAACGGGACGGGGACCCUGGAUGUCAGCAUUGACGAGAUUGGUGAAAACAUCGUGCCUUACCCUCGCCGCAUCAAUCUGAUCAAACAGCUGGCCAAGAGUGUGAUCGUGUGCUGGGACCCACCGGUGGUGCCGCCCGGCUGGGGCUCCAUCAGUGGCUACAACGUCCUGGUGGACAAGGAGGUGAGGAUGAGCGUGCCUUUUGGAGGCAGGACAAAGUCGCUCAUUGAAAAGCUCAACCUGGCCACCAACACCUACCGCAUCUCGGUGCAGAGCAUCACGGAGCAAGGCCCGUCUGACGAGCUACGCUGCACUCUGCUGGUGGGGAGGGACGUGGUGGUGGCUCCUUACUACCUGAGGGUGGACAACAUCACACAGACCUCUGCUGAGCUCUCCUGGCAGCCUAGCAACAGCAACUACAGCCACACCAUCUUCCUGAAUGGGGCUGAGUAUGACAUGGUGAAGGCAGGGGCCUACAAGUACCAGUUCUUCCAACUGAAGCCCAUGACCGUUUACAAGGUGAAGGCUGUGGCGCGGACACACCAGAUGCCUUGGCAGCUGCCCUUGGAGCACAGGGACAAGAGGGAGAUCUCUGUGGAGUUCUGCACCCAGCCUGCAGGUCCUCCCUUCCCUCCCCAGGAGGUGCAGGUCCAGUUGGGCCAGAACCCUGGGGUGCUGCAGGUACGAUGGAAGCCCCCCCUCCUCACCCCCACUGGAACCUCCAACGGAGCCAACGUGAUUGGCUAUGCCGUGUGCACAAAGGGACAAAAGAUAGCGGAGGUGAUGUACCCUACGGCAGACUAUGUGACAGUGGAGCUGAACAGGAUCCAGUGUCUGGAGGCCAGGGAGGUCAUUGUCAGGACGUUAUCAGCAGAAGGAGAGUCUCAGGACUCGCCCGUGGCCACCAUACCGCACAAUAUCCUGGGGCCUCCCCCCCCUCACCCCCACCCCCAACACCAGCCUUACCCCACGUCUAAGCCCAAACUAGUAAGUGCCAGAGAGUCAGAAACCAAAGAGCAUGAGGCAGGCCUGCUGCCUGGCCCGCCCUGGGAACGCUCCCUCUCGCCCCUCCCUCCUCCAAUGUGUGGACACACUCUGGAGCCGCCCCACUUCCAGGGGCGUCGUUCACCCUCUCCUCAGAGGAUCCUGCCCCAGCCUCAGGGAGCCCCCAUCCCCAACACCAUCGCCAAGGCCAUGGCCAGGGAAGCUGCACAGAGAGUGUUCGCUGAGAGUAACCGGAUUGAGAAGAGGAACAUCUUCAGUGAGCGGAGCAUAAACUCUGAUGAGGAGGAGGAUAGUUAUGACUCUCCCCACACCAGGAGGAGAGGGGCUUCUGUGGACGAGUUCCUCAGAGGCUCUGAACUAGGGAGACGGCACCACUACAGCCACAGUGAAGAUUACCAGACAGAGAGCAGCCGCGGCUCAGACCUGUCUGACAUCAUGGAGGAGGACGAGGACGACCUGUACUCUGAGAUGCAGCUGGAGGAGGGCCGUCGACGCAGCAUCAACUCUCACAACACUCUCAAGAUUAUAGGGAACUCCCCCUCCCAUGGAUGCUCCCAUGGCGACCGACUGAACCAUUCAGGGAGGAGGCCGGUCCACGGUGGCAACCCCCCACAGCGACGGCCCAUGAUGGUUCCUUCCAUUGAUGGGUACGGCGGGCAGGGCCGCGGGCGCCGGUCGCCAGAAUACUACGAAGAACCAGAGGACCUGGCGCGUAUAUUUGUGGCCCUGUUUGACUACGACCCUCUGUCCAUGUCCCCCAACCCUGAUGCUGCUGACGAGGAGCUGCCCUUCAAAGAGGGCCAGAUCAUCAAGGUGUUUGGGGAUAAGGACACGGAUGGUUUUUACAGGGCAGAGAUCCGUGACCGUCCAGGUCUGAUCCCCUGUAACAUGGUGUCAGAGAUCCAGACUGAGGAUGAUGAGAUGAUGGACCAGCUACUCAAACAGGGCUUCCUCCCACUCAACACUCCUGUAGAGAAAUUAGAGAGGAACAGGCGGAGUGGGCGUCAGCACCCCUCGUCCACACGUAGAAUGGUGGCCCUGUAUGACUACGACCCCAGGGAGAGCUCCCCCAACGUGGAUGUGGAGGCUGAACUGACAUUCUGCGCUGGUGACGUCAUAACAGUUUUUGGUGAAAUUGAUGAAGAUGGGUUUCAUUAUGGCGAGCUCAAUGGACACAAAGGUCUUGUUCCCUCCAACUUCCUAGAAGAAGUGCCUGAUGAUGUUGAGGUUUUUCUCACUGAUACUCCAUGUGGAGAUUCUCGUUACCCGCAGGACGCUGCAGCGCGGAUAAAGACCAAAAGGGUUCCGUUGGAAAAAUCGAGUCCGCCCAGAAGAGCUGCCUACCCCAAAGUGCGCCAACACAUCCCCGGCACUGGCCCUGCUAUCGUGGGGCCUGGCAGUCCCAUCAGGGGCCCCCACGACUUGUCCUCCAAAAAGAAAAAGGGACUGCUCUCCAAAGGGAAGAAACUAUUGAAAAGACUUGGCACUGUAAAAUAA